GAGAUGUUGCCUGAUAUAAUAAGGGCUGUUCUCUGACGCUUCUCCUGCUCAGCUUUGUUUUAGGUUAGACGUUGAAAUGCAUGUGGUUUUAGACGAUUGCUAAUGAUUCAGCAGACGACAGAGACCUGUCUGUGCACCUACUGUACAGCCUGAGCCACGCACGCUCACAUCCUGUUGACUCGACACGCACUUCCUGCAGCUAUGAGAAAUAGGACUGCCACAUUGUGUGUGUUUCUGUAUGUCCUCACAACCUGAGUGUAAGCGUCUCCAUCUCCACCAGAGUAAAGUGAAAGUAUUUGAAUCCCAGUUCCAUGUUUCCCUGUGCUCUUUGUGACUUUUGCUAAGUUUAUUCUCGCACGUCUUAUCACAGAGUUUCAUCACUAAAGCAACUUGUUCUUUUACCGGUCAGUUCCCAUAAGACUCUCGGUUCAUUUAAUGUUUAUACCAGGACACAUUCUUGUGUGAGUGGGCUGACCGGUAAGAAGCAACAGCAGCCACAGCCCAGUUAUGAGCCAGUGUGUGGCUCAUACUGUGUUUCAACUAAAGCAUUAACCGAGCUGUGCCAAAAGAGUUUAGUGCAGUUUCCCCCGGGGCCUGGGAUCUGUUCUCAUGCCACCCAGCAGAUCAGGCAUUCACUGUAGCAGCAGCUUCAGCCUGAUUUGUUAGGGUGAAGAAACAGAAGGUACCGUGCGAGUGAGAAACUGAGGUUUUUUUUCUCCUCUGCACCUCUUAUCUCUCUCAGCCAUCAGCGUUCUGAGCCUUACCCUGACAACCACCAGCAUACUCUACAGACAUUUCAUUUUUUACAAGCUCGGCUUUGACUCGUUUACUUAUAUCUGAAAAUAGAAAAGCUGCAGCCUGAUCUAAAGUCUUUCCUCACCUGAUUCAUUACACUACACAUUUUAUUGUUCUGGUCCUUGUAUUUGUGUUACAACAUGUGCAAUUAAUAAAUCUGUGACAAACAAAUUUCUUUAAGUCUUCAACAUAAACCUGUGUGAAUACUCGAUUUUUUCCAUGAAGAGUCAGUAACCGGUCACUGUUUGACUGUUCACUAACUGACUGUCAAGGAAAUUGCAUAAAAAGGAGCACUGUGUGUUUUUCUACCAGUCAUUCCCUCUAAAGACCUUUUAUAUUUGUCUAGUGUAUAUUAAUACCAGGACGUGCUUUGUUGCCUCCUUUCUGUUUGUGUGUAACCUGGGUAUGAGCUGCAGCAUCAGAGUGGAGCAGUAGACUGGAAUGUGUGUCUCUGAGCAAGGCAUUUAUCCUCAGCCUGCUGUGUGGCUACUGCUGCCAUAUCAAUCGUGCUUUUAGAGAAGUGAUGUAUUAUCUGCUGUGCUGCCUUUUCAUUGAGCUUUUUAGGAGGCAGGUGACUCACAGGAAACAGACCCACCACAACUUCCUGUAACUUUGGUUCUGUCUGGAGCUGUUAUCUACAGUAGUAUCCAUCUCGUGAUUGUUCUCAUGUCCAAAAUCUCACACUCAUUAUGGUCUCAUUAUAUUAUCUAAAAUUGGACUGAGAGGUCAACACCUGAAGACGCGCAGCUUAACACAAAGGCCUCGUAGCAAGACGCUUCCAUCGCAUUCCAAGGUCACGGCACGAGGAAACGCGCGCCACACGGGGUACUAGUGCAGCUGAAAAGAUGCUGAGUCACACUUCUGCCCUUUUUGACUAUUUGUUAAAUUAUUACUGUGAAGUUAAAAUACAUGUAACAGCGAAAAAGUGGCAGAUGUUUACAUUCGCGGAUUUAUUGAAUGGAGAAAUUUACUGUGCGCAAACCUGUCUUCAACGCGGGAAGUGUGAGCGCGCGGACGACGUCGCGCCUCACGCGCCGCACUAUAAAAGCAGGUGACAGCCACCGGAAGCAGCCUCACAAUGGCACGGCUGCUGCGGCGAGGACCUGUCGCGCUCUCUCUCUUCUUUCUGUCUUUGGUCCGUGGUUCUGAGGUGAUUGUAGGAGACGCGUUCACUUUCCAGGACACUUCCCACUGUAAAGCAGCUGAAGGCGAACUGAUUCACCGGGACCGAAACCAGCGGGUGGCGUUUCACACUGAAGGCGUGUGGAAACCUGACGACUAUUACAAGGACAGAGUUCAUUCAAACUCGUCCGUCUCCUUCGCUCGCACAGUUUUCACAGACUCUGGUACGUACGAGUUAAUCUGCGACCACAGUCAGGCUAAGUUUAUUGUCAUCCAGCUGAAGGUGGUUGCGCCACAUUACGCAUCAGUGUCGGAGGGAGACGCCGUCAAACUCCAGUGCUUUUAUGACACUAAAGCCUCAGCCGUGGAGUCCGUGGGGUGGAUGAAACACGGGGAGCUCGUGUUUGAGAGGAACUUUUCCUCCAGUGGAGUCAGACGUGGAGCGGGACACGAGGGGAGGGUGUCGAUGUCACGUGAAGCCUCUGGAGAUGGAGACCUGUCUGUGGAUGUGGCAGCGGCUCACGCGGAGGAUGCUGGAGACUACUUCUGCUACGUUCGCACGAAAGAAAGAGGAGAGAAUGAGUUUGUUGGUGCUGUGAGACUGACGGUCAACGGGAAAACCCUGAAUAAGACUAAGGUAAACACGCAGUCUCCAACACAAAUCUGUCCUGAGGACAAAAGUUUGGGAUCUGGGACUAUUAUCGGUUUGAUAUUUGGAUUUUUAACUGUGGCCAUUCUUUUUACUCUUCUUGGCUGGUGCCUGACGUCUCACACUUAAAUAGUUCGUCCGUGCACCAGCCAGGAGGAGAAUCAGAGGCUGUGAACCCACAGCGUCCUCGUCCCCCUCAGAGCAAUGAAUGUUCACCAAUACAUAGUCAGGAAGAGGAGAGUCAUAAUGUCAUGACCAGUUAAUAAUGUUUUAAUCAGUGAGAGUUGACCCUAAUGAACUAAUAGCAUCACUCAGCCACCAAGCUGUGGAAUGCAACGUGUGACAUCAACACUCCUCAGGCUUUACACACUGAGUGGCACUGGUACAUGCUGUCAUGUUUUUAUUUACUCACUUUGCACUUGGUAAUUCAACGUGCUAUUUGAUCAUGUAAUUUAAAGUGCAUUUUCAGCAAUUCAGUGUUAAAAAGUGUCAAUUCAAAUAAAAGCUAAAUGAGUUGUU